ACGCACACUAAAUGACAUUAUCAACUCUACACUGAAAUUCAUCAAAACCAUGGAAAAAGACACCACCAGACCAAAGUACUGUGGCAAUCUUCUUGCUCGUCGUACUAAACGACGAAGUUUUAUCAACAAGCUGGCUUUUGAAGGAGUCUUUGGUGUCUUGUCAAACAGCGAGUUAAUGUAUUUCCGUAGUUCUUCUGAYUGGACAAAUCAAGAAAAACCUCAGUUUUCAAUGCAACUCGUGGAUAUACAAGCUGUUGAAGAAGUUGACGAUGUCGCCUUUAGUCGGCCAUCUUGCUUCCAGGUUAUUCACACCAGUCGCUCRAAGAAAGACAAGUCUAUUCGGUCCGUCUAUUUGGCGGCGUACGAAGAAGACGAGCAGAAAUCGUGGAUAAAAGCCAUUAGAUCAGCAUGUCUUCAUAAUCCAAUAGUACUGGCGUACUUCCAUUCAGGAAGAUUUACUGGUAAAACAUGGACAUGCUGCUCUGAAGGAAAAUUACAUCAUGGAUGCAAGCCUUGCACCAUCGAAGGUCUGCCCGCCAUGACAACGGGGAAACUGAAGCUUAAAGUAUCUCCUGCCAUAGAGUUCCAUGGGUUCACAGUUAUCGCCAAUGAGAGUUUUGACUCUAGUUUACCAGGAUUUCUUCCAUUCAAUAAGGAUGAUCGUCUUACGGUAACAGAGGCUGCSGGUAAACAGGAAUGGAAGGCAUUCUCAGCCUCAUCGACGAGUGAAUAUGGAAUCAUUCCGUGCCAAAGUGUAUCAGUUGUUGACAUCAGUCAAGAACCAUGUUUUUUUAAGGGUAUUCCAAGUGGAUUGGUAACAGCACUAUUACGAGAACAGGAACCAGGCUGCUUUAUUUUGAGAUGUCAUUCUGCAAGCGAUGCCAAUAUUCUAUCAUUCAGGACAGAGAUGGCGAUCAAACAUGUUGAAAUUGCUUUCGACGAAUCGUCUCAAAAAUUUCGCAUCAAAGAUGGGUCCGAGUCAGUAUCGUACGUCAACUUCCUUCAAUUCGACACUGUGCAACAACUACUUGAUCAGUGUAAACAACAUCCCACUCUUGGAGUCAUCCUUGACAAGUACCCUUCGAUUGAAACAGUCGAUGAACUUUGGAARAUAAACGCGAAUGAGAUCAUCAUUGGCGACGAGAUCGAGUCGAAUCUUCCCUGGGAAAUCAUGAAAGGAAAAUUCAGAAACCAAAACGCUUUGAUUCACGUUCGACAAGUUGGUUGCGCUGAUUCUGUUAAAGACGUAUUCACAAACCAAGCACGAAUACUCAUGACAUUAAGUCAUGAAAAUGUUGUCGAAUUUUAUGGCUUGGGCAGCAAAGGAUCACGGGCGUGCGUGCUUCAUAGCCACUACCCCAACGGAGUGCUAUCAGAUUACCUGACACGCAAUGCAUCACUGUUAAUCAGUCAUCCAAGCGAACUGGUCAAUAUCAUAACACAGAUUCUUGCAGGGAUGGUCUACUUAGAGGAAGUUGGCGUGGUUCACGGUGAACUGAUUACUGAAAAUUGCAUAAUCAGUGACAGAGGAGUCGUUAAGAUAUGUGGCUUUCAUUGCGCAAGGUCGUCGUGGUGCUGCAAGCCUAUCGAUACCCAGCUCUAUUCCAAUAAAGUCCCUUUGAUUGCACCAGAACUUGGUGCMAACAUUGAACCUACUAGUAAAACAGAUGUGUGGGUUUUUGGUUUAUUAAUCUAUACAAUUAUAACCGCUGGACAAAAACUGAUCAAGACCGUGGAGCAGGUUUUAGCGAUUAUAGAAACUGAGGAUUAUYUGGAAGAGCUGGAAAGCUUUGUCGAGGUUAUGACAUCGUGUCUUAGAAAGGACCCUUCAUGCCGUCCCACAUUUGUUCAACUGYUGCAAAGAUGCAGUUCUCAUAAUCGCUUUCCAUCGACACCAAGUGUUUCCUCUUACUCCUUGGACCUUGAAGACUCAUUUUCCGCCAGCAAUGGUUCACUUCUCAACGGCUUAGAAAAUUCCAYGAAUAGUGAAAUGGCGUCCAAAGAAUYAGAUGAAAGGAGAUAUGAUAGUUACGAUGGUGGAUCAAGAGCAAGUAUCAGUAAAUCACAAUCCUACAUGGAAUCACGAUCAAGUUUAAACCUAUCGAGCAUUGAAUCGCGCGAAACGAAUGACGUACACUUUCCAAGCAAUGAAUAUCUUGAAAGAGUUAAAACUGCCGAGUUAGAAGCCUUGAAAGCUAAGGCUCUUCAAAGGCGCGCAGAGAAAGAUAAAGAAGAAGUAYUGAAGCAAGUGCGUGAAGCRGAAAAGAAAUGUCUCAAAGAAGUAGAGCUCAUUACAAGGACAUUCAUCUGUCGUCUUAAUGAAGCCAAUGAUCGUGCGACCGAUGCCAACGAAAUGCGCUACCUUGCGGAGGAAGCAAAACGACUCGCUGAGGAAAAGUGCACUCUUUUUAAAUAUGAAAGUGAGAGAACUAUWCAUGAUAUCAAGUCAAUGCUGGAGGAUACAAUGUUGGAGAGAGAUGAACUCGCUGAAUCUCUAAAGUCAAUUGGGAUGAAUGCUGAUAACAAUAACGAAAGCGGCGAAUCACAAGAAAGAAGAGACUCAUUAAGCGAACUAGAGAAAAAGUAUCAAAGAUUCAUCUCAACCAGUGAUCGCACCAUUCACAACWUGAAAUCCCAGUUAGACGAGGUAGUCCUUCAGCGGGAUGCCUUAUCCGACGAGCUAACGCAAUCAAGGCAAGAUCUACGAGAGACCAGAGAUCUUUUGGAACAGGUCAUAAAGGAMAAGGAAGAUCUGGUAUUUCGCCUUGAGGARGCRAACUGCGAGGUCGAAAAACUCGAAGAAACAAUCUCAAGUAUGGUCCAUAAAAGAGAAAAGGCUGAACGUGAACGAGACCAGCUGCAAAUACUUACAGACAUGUCAUUGAUGAAAUUAAGACAUGUUGAAAAACCGAAAAAGAGACAUUCUGUAGGCAGCAUUGGUACAUCAUACGAGAAAAAGGAUCCUAAUCUUCGACGCCUCUCUGUUCAGCUUAUGAAUCUUAGAACAUCAGCAUCAAAGAGACGUCAGAGCGCUGACGUCAUAUACGAGGUAUCCGAGCACUCAUCUUCAGAAGAGGUAYCACCUUCUAGGAAUGAUWUARRAGAAGCCCGCUCAUCGAACACGUCCUCCAUAAUAGRGCARUCAAUCGAACAKUCUGAACUCUGUGAUUUGCGAUGCUCAACGCCAAAAGAACUAAAUAGUAGUGAAACGGAAAUGUUGUCUUCUCUUAGCAGCUUGACAAAUAAUGACUACGUUAUGGAUAUGYUAWGUCAAGAACAUCAAUCAAACGCCGGAUCACAAAAUGAAAGUGAAGAAAGUAUAAAGAAUUGUGGUAAUAAGGAAAAUCGUGAUAUGCAGGAUGAUCAAUUGCGCUUAGAUCAGGUCAACGAAUUUGUUGACAAUCAUGGCGACUAUCGUCCUGAUAUUGAUGAUGACGAUGAUGACGAUGAUGGUGACAACCAUCAUCAUAACCAUAAUUGCGACGUGGACAAGACCAGCGAAGAGAACUUAAUCGCAGAAAGUCCACCCUCUUUCUCCAUCCCCAAAGUACUUAUUGAUGAAUUUGCAGAAGAAGACACUAGGUGUACAAGCAAAAAAGAAAAUCAAAUCAUCCCAGGAAUUGCAAUUUCUCUAGUCGACGAUAAUGUAAACGUUUGUGGGUAUUUCUCGGAAGACGAAGUAACUAGMGAGCGCGUGUUUGUUGUACCUUUUGAAAAUGGUGAUACAACAAUGGUGUACAGCUUUGAAAGCGACGGAGGUGCCAAGAACGGUGUUCCCCAAACUGUCUUGUAAACUUCAUUCUUGAUAAACACUUUCUUUGGAGUUUCGAAGAACGCUCUCGAUCGAUUCAACUGUUCAAAUGACACCACAUUUUGGUUGAGGAGCAAGUUUUCAAGUUUGUGAAAUUUAUACGAAUCUUGUUGAAUGUAAAAAAUAAAAAAGAAUUUGAGUCUUGCCCCAGA